AUGGAUGCCUAUUCUUAUCCACAACAGCAACAACAACAGCAACAACAGGAACAACAACAGCAAUCGCAAUCACAGCAGCAGCAACAGCAACAGCAAAUCCAAUCGAAUUUUCAAGUGCAAAGUGUUCUCAGUCCAUAUAACAAUAUUGGAAAUGAAAAUAUUCCAAGGCAGCGAAGUACAAUGCUAGAAUUUUUAGAUGACGAGGCUCGCAGAAAAUAUCGCGAAAAAAGAGACAAAAACAAUUUAGCAGCGAAAAAAUCACGAAGCAAUCGACGUGAACGUGAAAGGCAAAUGCAAUUAACAAUCGAACGUAUGUCGAAAGAAACGCAACGUUUAACGAACGAAUUAGCGCUAACUAGGCAACGUUCCGAAUACUUGGAAAGCGAAAUGAAUCGUUAUAAAGCACUAUCGUAUUCGCAGCAAGAAAUGCUAUUGAGAGACAAUUCGAAUUUUCCACCGCAACCACCACCGCCUGGUUCAUUCAUGUAUCCGCCAUUUCCACCGAUUUAA